AUGCUGUGGGUGGACAAGUACAGACCUAAAACCCUAGACCAGGCAAUGGUCCACCAAGACAUCGCACAAAACCUCAAGAAACUUGUCUCAGAGCAGGACUGCCCCCAUUUGCUCUUUUAUGGUCCUUCUGGUUCCGGCAAGAAAACCCUAAUCAUUGCCCUUCUUCGUCAGAUUUUCGGACCCAGCGCCGAUAAGGUGAAGGUGGAAAACAGGGCAUGGAAAGUUGAUGCUGGAAGUAGAACCAUUGAUUUAGAGCUGACUACAUUAUCGAGCACCAACCAUAUUGAACUGAACCCCAGUGAUGCAGGGUUUCAGGACAGAUAUAUUGUUCAAGAGAUAAUUAAAGAAAUGGCUAAAAAUAGACCCAUUGACACAAAAGGGAAAAAAGGAUAUAAAGUCUUAGUGCUGAAUGAAGUUGACAAACUUUCAAGAGAAGCGCAACAUUCUCUUCGAAGAACUAUGGAGAAAUAUAGUGCCUAUUGCAGGCUAAUACUGUGCUGUAACAGCUCUUCAAAGGUUACUGAAGCAAUCCGGUCUCGGUGUCUUAAUGUGCGAAUAAAUGCACCGACAGAAGAACAGAUUAUGAAAGUAUUGGAGUUCGUUGGAAAGAAAGAAGGGCUGAAGCUUCCUUCUGGAUUUGCUGCUCGUAUAGCUGAAAAAUCAAAUAGGAGCUUAAGGAGAGCUAUAUUGUCAUUAGAAACUUGCCAUGUUCAACAGUAUCCCUUUACAAGUAACCAGGCAAUACCCCCAAUGGAUUGGGAGGAAUAUGUUUCUGAAAUUGCAUCUGAUGUAAUGAAGGAGCAGAGCCCAAAAAGGCUUUAUCAGGUGCGGCAAAAGUUGUAUGAGCUACUUCUUAAUUGUAUUCCUCCAGAGAUCAUCUUGAAGAGGCUUCUUUAUGAGUUAUUGAAGAAGUUGGAUGCAGAGUUGAAGCACGAGGUCUGCCAUUGGGCUGCAUAUUAUGAACAUAGGAUGCGUCUUGGGCAGAAAGCUAUAUUUCACCUUGAAGGUCCCAGCCAACACUUCCUUCAAGCUGUUGCAAAGAUAUCCACCAAUGGAUUUAUGGAAUUACAGCUUCCUCUUUGGCGUGUGCUCAUAAAUGAUGCAUUAUAA